UAAUCGAAGUAAUAAAAAAAAUUUACAAUUCAAAUUGCGAAAAAAAAAUGAACUUUAACUUACUAUUGAGUUUAAUCUUAAUAAUUAAUGGCUUUAAAAGCUCAAUUGCUGAAGAAGAUUGGAGUUAUAAAAAUCCAGAUGAAUGGAAAACACAAUUUCCCAAGGAUUGUGGUGGUGAAAGACAAUCACCUAUCAAUAUAGAAAUGGGAUCAACAAUACCUGGUAAACCAAUUGGUUUAAAAUGGAAUAAUUACAAAAAACUUGCAAAAUCAGCAAGUGUUUCCAACAAUGGACAUAUACUUCAGCUUAAUCAUCAGUAUAAUGAUGAUGAAGUUCCAACAAUUACAUCAGAUCUAUUCAACGGUGAAUAUUAUUAUUUCCAAUCGAAUUUUCAUUGGGGUGAAAAUGACAGUACUGGAAGUGAUCACACUGUUGAUGGCAAAUCUUUUCCAUUGGAACUUCAUUUGAUACAUUUAAAAAAAGGCUAUGAUUCAUUAGAUGAAGCUGUUAAACAUGAAGAUGGAGGAGUUGUUAUCGUUGGAUUUUACGAAAUAGGAGAGACUGAAUCACAUGUUAUAAAUAAAUUGCUUCAAAAACUUGAUGACUUUAAAGCAGUAGGAAGUGACGUUGAAGUUGAACCUUAUCCAUUGUCACACUUUGAAGUUGUUGAAUCAAAAAAUGCAUGGGUCAGUUAUAAUGGAUCAGCAACUUAUCCAAAUUGUUGGGAAGUUGUUACUUGGAUCAUACCAACUAAACCAUAUCAAGUAUCUCAAAGUCAGAUGAAAAAAUGGAGAGAAAUUGAGUUUGCAAAUGGUGAUAGUCACAAUAAUCGUCCAGUUCAGCCUCUCAAUGGACGAAAAGUUUGUAUGCAUCCAAAAGAAUAUAAUCUACUUGAAUGGUUAUUCCAUCUUAUUUUCUGAUUUAAAUUACAAAUCAGAUGCUUGUUGUUAAAAUUUGUUGUAAAAUUAUAAUUGUAUUAUUAAAAAAUACAUGAAAAUAUAUUUAACCUGUUGAAUAAUUAUUUUUAAAAAUAAAAUUA